AUGGAUCCCCCAAAGCAGCCGCCGCAGGCGAUCCAGCGUAAGCCGCUGCAGCGCAAGCCCUUGCCGAAUCUCCCCCCACAACACCACGACGAACGACAGCUUCCUCCGACGCCGACAUCAGCUGGCCCUCUACCUCCUCCGACUGGACCUCCUCCUGCAUAUGAAGUGUUUCCAGGGCAGGGCCAGAGCGUGGUCAGAUCUGCCAGCCCGGCCAAUGUCGCAGCUCUGACGCCGCGGCUCAACCAGCUUCAGUUGAACGAUGCCGCGGCGGGCCCGAACAGCUACGACAUCCGAGUGGCGCCUCCGCGGCAAGGCACCGCAUCGACGACAACGGCAAGCACGGCCACGAGCGCCUCCUUUCUGGCCAACCCUCCUCUGCCCCGGCGGCCAGGUGCUGGCCAGUUUGCGCCUGGGAUCACGGCCAGUCCUGGUCCAUUGACGCCGGCCAGCACCAUGAGCACGACGAUGACGACCCUAUCGCCUACUGAAGGUCAUUCUCCCGCUGCAUCACCGACGGCCCAGAAAGAAGGACCCUCCAUCUGGAAGACAGCCUUUGACGAGACCCGUUUCUUUGCCGGUGGCUUGCUCGCCAAGCCCUACGAGUCCACCAAACACUACACCGUCGUGCGCCACUCGGCCGGCCUCGUCAUGUACCGCGGACCCACCACCAACGUCGUUGUCACCGUCUUCUCGACCCCCGACCACCCCAUUGUCCCCGCCCAGCGCACCGUCUGGCUGCAGCGCCGCGGCUACUCGGGCGACACGGGCCUGCGCCUCAAGACCUUGGUCGGUGCCAGCGGCAGCUGGCUCGACGUGACGCCCGAGCGCGCCGCCUUGGCUUCGGCUCUGCCAACCGCCGACGAGCGCGGCUACCAGCGCGACAUUGCCAAGAUCAUGAAGAAGACGAGCGGCAAGCACAUGGAAAAGGCCCUGGCCAAGCGCCAGCCGCGGGAGACGCUGGUCGUGCGCAUCCCGGCCGCGUGUGCAGACGGCUACUUUCGGCUGGUUGUGUGCUCGGGCGGCCGCAGCGCCGACGCUUCUUCCUCCACCGCCCCCCCUUCUGACCCCGGAAAACGCAAAGUCCUCUGCGGCAGCCCCGUCUUCCGCGUCGCCAGCACGUCCACGGACGCGAGCAUCUUCCGGGGCGCCAGCCUGACCACGCUGCCCAUGGAGGCCGGCGUCAAGAUUGCCUCCAUGAUCAGCACCAACUACGUCUCCAACGUCGCCGCGCCCAUCGUCUCCACCGUCCAGGACAAGGUCAGCAAGUACCAGCCCGGCACCGUCAGCACGCUGGCCGCCCAGACGGCCUACGACAAUUCUGUGCUGGCCACCAAAGUCGACGAGGCCGGCCAGGCGUAUGGCCAGCGCCGCGAGGCGGCCUACCAAGCGUACACGUUCGACAAGGACGGGGACGGGGACGACGACGACGCACCACCCCAAGUGAUUGGCCCCGACAGUGGGCCCCAGCCGCCGUUCCCGCUCGUGUUCCAGGGCCGCGUCGUCCGCGGCACCGGGCGCAGCGCCGCCGAGCGCGGCGUGCCCACGGCCAACCUGGCCGACGUGCCCGACGACGUGCGCCUGCGCCUGCGCGGCGUCUACUUUGGCUGGGCGUCCGUCGUCCGCAGCAGCAAUGGCGGUAAGGCGACGGCCGACGACGGCCGCCUGCCGUCCGACUGGAUCGAGGCCGUCGUCACGGUGGCGCCCUCGCCCUGGCGCCAGGGUGCCGCCUCUGCCUCUGCUCCUGCCUCCACGACGACGACGUCCCUGUCCGUCGUGGCCAGGAACGACGUCGUCGUCCACCUGCUCUACGACCUGGCCGGCGCGUCGCUCGUCGAUGCCAAGGCGAAACUGAAGGUGCUGUUGCUGGGGUUUUUACGGGCGUCGUCGUUGGCCGGCGACCCCACCGCCGACCCGGACCCCGCCGCCGACGCGGCCCUCGUCGUCAGCAGCCUGAGCCGCGCCGCCUGGGGCGCCGCGGCCACCCUCGACCGCAUGGCGUCCGACCGGAAGAGCCGCAGCCUCUCGGAUAAGUACGCCGACACCCGCGGCAAAGUCCAAAAACACGUCGACCGCAUCCCGCUGCACUGGGCCGGGGUGCGCACCGAAGCGGGUGAGAUGCGGGACCACCUGUACGGGAACGGCGGCUUUUACAUUACGAGGUAG